GGCGCGCGAGGGUGCGAGGAUCGAUCAUUGCUCGAACUCGUUAACGUAGCUAUGGCCUCGCAAGACUUUACUAGUGACCUCCCGCCGCAGUUCGCCGCGCUGAAGAAGGAGAUUGCGGAUUCCAUUCCUGAUUUCGAGAGUAAGGCGACGCGCGCGUGGGGCGAGAUCAUUGCAGAGCUUGCCACCGUCACGAAGGAAGUGAUGAAGAAGGGCUCAAGUUACAUACCAGAGGUCGAGUUCUCUGAACUAGAGAAGCUGUCGAAGGAGGACAUCGACAAGAUCAAGCGCAUUGGCUCCGUCGUGAUACACAACAUUGUUCCUGACGAAGAUGCGAGGAAGUGGAAGACUGACUUGGACGAGUUCGUGAAGACGAACCCAGACGUGGGAGGCUUUCCGGAGGACAACAAGCAAUUCUUUGAACUCUUCUGGACGAAGUCCCAAGUACGCGCUCGUGCGCACCCCCAAAUGCUCGCCGUGACAACGUGGCUCAACAACAUCUUUCACAUCGAUGCGACGGAGGGCGUCGACCUCAACACGCCUCUAAGCUACGCGGACCGCUUCCGCAUCCGGCACCCGGGUGGUUCGUGGACUAGGUUUCCUCCACACGUUGAUGGCGGCGCUAUCGAGCGCUGGCAGGACGAGAAGUUCAGGGCGUGCUUUGCGGAAGUACUCUCAGGAGAGUGGCGCAAGCAUGACCCCUACGAUCUGAAGGACCGUUUGUAUGCAAAGGCGUCUCUGUACGGCCGUCCGAACCAGUGCUCAGUUCUGAGGACAUUCCAAGGCUGGCUUGCCAUGACUGAAAUCGCGCCUCACAACGGCACGCUGCGAGUCUUCCCUGAUAUCCUUCUAUCGAACUGCUACAUCAUCCUCCGUCCCUUCUUCAAGCCUCUGGUGGACCCCACAUCUCCAGAGGCGCUAGACGCGAAGAACUGGGCCUUUGACAUAUCCUCAGCCAACUUCCCGGGCAUCUACGCGCGAGACGGCGGCUACGGGGGACCGCGCCCUACGCCAUAUUACCACCCGCACCUCGCCCUGGACAAGAUGAUGAUAUCAAUUCCGGCCGUCAAGCCUGGCGACGCUGUUUUCUGGCACACGGAUGUAAUCCACUCGGUCGAGGAGGACCAUGUCGGCACGGAGGACUCCGCCGUGAUGUACAUUGGCGCGGUGCCGACGACGCCUGGGAACCUGAAGUACCUCGAGCGCCAGAAGGAGAGCUUCGUCAAUGGUGUCGCGCCUCCGGACUACCUGAAGACGUACGAGAGCAACUUCAUUGGCAUCGGCAAAGAAGAAGACGUCACGGGUACGGAGGGACGACGUGCUAUGGGUUUGUCUGCUGCAUGAUGUGGUGCGAACUGGUACAAUAUAUUCCAGAAUGCGACUUUGAGUCUGUAUACCAAUGUAACAGUAACUGGAAUAUUCAGGACGAGAAGCCUUUUAUUAGCUGAACAUUUGUGUUGGGCUUGUAAGGCGCUCAUAUAGUCAACAUCGCUGCCUCUCAUGUAUAGGAGAUCCACUGAUAUCUAGGAUGUCCUCAUAGUCAGAACGCCAAGCGAGCAGCCAUCCUUGCCUCCCUC